AUGUCAUUUUAUUCUCCAGUGAUCAAAGACGGGAAAUCUAGUAUUCCAUGUCCAGAUUCAUCAAAUCCGUUUGCUUGCACCGAAACAGGUCAUUAUGGUAACGGCUAUGCUCGUAUCACCAUUUAUGAACAGCACAAUCCCAUAACUAUUGUGCAGUGUCGCCCAUGGCUAUCAUUCGUAUCAGCUGCUAUUUUCGUCAUUUUGUUUUCCGAAUAA